CCCCUUCUUCGUUCCGGACACCGCAGCGGCGGGCGUCGUUCGCCCUCGUCAGCUCCAGGACCGGCUGAGCAAGACGUCCUGCAAUAUGGAUCCACAGGUAAAUCUCAGCGUGACCUUCGAAGGUGACACACAGAGUUUCUUUGUAUCAGAUUCAUCUAAUACCACAUGGGCUGAUGUGGAAGCUAUGGUGAAAGUCUCAUUUGAACUGAACGAUAUCCAGAUCAAAUACGUAGAUGAGGAUCAUGAUGAGGUUUCAGUCAAUACUUCAGAGGAAUAUGAAGAAGCUCUGAAGAUUGCAGUGAAACAAGGCAAUCGGCUUCAGAUGAAUGUUUAUGAAUUAAGUGCCCCUCCAGGCAUGCCUCCACAAGAAACUCCCAAGAAGUCUGAGAAACGUCUCAUUCCCAAGGAUGGAAGGAAGCCCCUUUCUCACUGUUUCAUGCUUGCUCAGGCCUUGGUACAGGACAAAGAUACUGAAAUAGAGAAUGAGAGGCAGCAGAGUGGCCACAAUCCCAAUGAGGUCCCUCCUGAGUGGUUCACAAGCUACUUGGAAAAGUUCCGGGAGCAAGUGGUUCAAGAGACCGUUGAAAUGCUUGAGCAGAAGUUGAGCGAGAAGCUCCUCCUUUCCAGCCAGCUCCCCAGUUCCUUGAGCAGCUCUACACACCAUGCCCCUGUGAACCCUUUGGAGCAAGGCAAUCCCUUUGACUGGCUACUCUCCUGCAGUAACUGUCAGGCCCCCAUUGUGGGCAUUCGCUAUCAGUGCAGUGUGUGUUCAUCCUAUAGCAUCUGUGAAUUGUGCGAAGCAGGGAUAUAUGCCCACGACCCCAACCAUGUGCUUUUGAAGCUGCGGAGGCCUGUUUUAUGCAUCUCUGAGACAUAUAACCUUGGGCCGCUCUCGCCUCGCCUCGCCACUCUGGAACAUGUCAGGCUCCAGAAACAGAUGGACAAGCGUUUCCUGAAGGCAGAGAAGCAGCGCCUGCGAGCAGAGAAGAAACAACGCAAAGCUGAGGUGCGAGAACUCAAGAAGCAGCUGAAGUUGCACCGGAAGAUCCACCUGUGGAACUCUGUCCAAGUGGUAGACAACGCUGGCUUGACAGCUACCAAAUCUGAGAGUCUACAACCCAGUACACUUCUUCCCCUGCAGGGCUGCCCAGUCAUUGUUCCCACCCUGAGUGCUGCCUUUAUGGAUGAGAAUCUGCCAGAUGGAACUUGCCUCCAGCCAAGAACGACCUUCAUCAAACAUUGGCGCAUGAGGAACACUGGCAACAUGGAGUGGAGCUCUGAAACUAAGCUAAAAUUCAUGUGGGGGAACUUAACACUAGUAUCUUUGGAGAAGAAGGAUGUGAGUGUACCCUCUCUGCUACCUGGGCAAGUGGGGGUUGUGUCUGUGGAGUUUGUGGCCCCCUCAGCAGAAGGAACCUACACAUCUCACUGGCGACUGUCACACAGAGGGGAACAGUUUGGGCCUCGAAUCUGGUGCAGCAUUGUGGUAGACCCCUAUUCAUCCAACACUAUCCCAGAGAAUGGCAAAUGGAUGUCCAGUUUCUGCCAGAAGAGCAGGUUUCCUUGUAAGGAAGAGGAAAGGCUCUCAAAGUUCGGGCCAGAUGUUCUGCAAACUGCUAAUAGUGCCAUCCAGGGAGGUUUGGCCAGCCGGGCUGCUCCACCAAAGGUGAAGAACAUACUCAGUGCUAGAGAGUUCUACAUCCCAUCAGUCGACCUUCUCACAGCUCAGGAUUUACUCUCCUUUGAAUUGCUGGACAUUAACAUAGUGCAAGAACUGGAGGAGGUCCCUCGCAACACUACUGUUGACUUAUCUCCUUACCUGCCACCCCUGCCCCAUGACAGCCCCCUACUGGAGAAGGCAAGCUUGGACCAGAAAGAGGAAGAGAGCAAGGGAAGCACAUGUGAACCACUGCCUGAUACUCAGGUGGGGAAAGGGAAGUCUGAAAAUAUAGCAAACCAGGAAGAAGGAGAGGAAGACAUGAGUGGGACCCAGUUUGUGUGUGAAACAGUAAUUCGCUCUCUGACCUUGGAUGCCGCACCUGACCAUAGGCCCCCACAAAGGAAAAAUUCUUGGCAGAGUUCUCUACAAGCACUACAGGAUACCAUUCACUGUAGCUCAAAGUACAAGGACCCCAUUAGUCCUGUUUCCACACCACAGGAACCAGAGUCCAGGAAUCAAGGCAUGGAGUUGACCAAAGAAUCCGAGUUUGAGAAUCUUCUGGUGCAGGAUGGUGAGGAAUCAAGGGAUGGGGAAGCUGAAGAUGAAGUCUGCAGCCAGGCCUCCUCUGAGGAUUACAUCAUCAUUCUCCCAGAGUGCUUUGACACCAGCCGUCCUCUGGGCGAGUCUAUGUACAGUUCUGCUGUCUCUCAGCAAAGUUUGGGGAAAGUGGCAGAUGUCCCUGCAAGUCCUAAAGAAGAGAGCCACCCCCUAGCACCUAGUAUCAAUGAUAUCCUGACCACUUCACAGACCCUGGAUGAGGUACCACUGACUCCUCUAAUUGUGGAACCACAACUGGCAAGAUUUCUGGUCCUUUCCCAAAAUAAUACUUCCCAAGAUACUCAUUCUCCCAGUAGAGAAGAAGCCCCUUUGGUUCCUGAACAAAUAAGAGAAGACAGCCAAGGAAGAGAUGUUCCUGGACUUCCACUUGCAGGAAAUGUAAAUAAUACACCAACAAGUCCAGAAUUCUCUAGACACACCCAGGGUAACAGCCUUGCUGGGGGCCUGGUGAAGGGGGCCUGGUCAGUGGCUGCCUCAGCCUACAAGGCACUGUUUGCUGGGCCAUCCUCCAUGGAACAGGCUCUUCCUAUGACCACCGAGGAUCAUAUGGCCACUUUCCUGGCCAACCUGAGCGAGAUGGGCUUCUGCGACCGGUACCUUAACCUCCAGCUGCUGCGGAAACACAACUGUGACAUGGCCCAAGUUGUCACAGAGUUGCUACAACUGAGUCACAGUGAUUGGUACGGGAACUAAUACGGAACCUCAUUCACCUUGCUCAUUAAAAACCUGAGCAGCAAACAGCACCAGCAGCUUCCAGCUCCCUUCUGUUCCAGCAGAGCAGAGAUGGAUUGGAUUCCAUUUUUCAACACAUCGUGGUUCACCACCACCACUAGCAUGGCUCAGACACUAGGAUCUCUUUUAACUCAGAAAUACUAGAAUUCUCAGCCUGGCAUAACGCCAGAUUCUAUAUAGUAGAAAAGAGGUGAACGUGCACAAGAAAUAUAAGUGAGCUGUGUCUCUAACUACAUUCAUGCGCUGCAAGCAAGAGCCAAAGACUUGAGGGACCAUCCUGCAUUGUCUCUGUCCAUCUUGUAUUUUCUUGCAGAUGGACACCAGGGGUGGUGUUGGACCUAAGCACACGUCUUGCUGAAGACCCUCCUCCAAGUUAGGCCCUCUAGUUUGCUUUAGAACUUCCCUGGUAUCUUGUAAAAGCAAUAAUUCCACCACCAUUUUGUGUAUGUGUUGCAGGGCACUGGUACUACCUAACAUAACUUUAAUCUUAUUCUAAUUAUUGCUUUCUCAUAGCAAAUCUCACUGUACCUUAAAUGCUGCUGUUUGCUGGUUAGUUGUGGGGAUGGAAUACUGUGAAAGAAGCAAAUUGGGUAGCAGAAUAGAGCAGGUGGUUUGCCAUAAAAAUAUCUAAACAAAGAGCAGUUGCUCCUACUAUGUAAAUCUUUAGAGGUAUUAUGAACAGUUAUUGCAUAAAGUAUUUGAAAGGCAAAUGGUCAGGACACACAAGUGUUUUCAAAGCUAUUUUUGUAGAUCCAUUUUUACCACUCAAGACUUUCUGAAGAAUAGACUCUGAAAAUUCACUAUUCCCUGAUCUUUUCCACCCAGAUGUUAAACCAAUUUGUGAUUUAUAAAUUGCAUCAUCAUUUUUAACAACUCUUGAUGCAAUUUGGAUAUAUUAAUAAUGCCUUCCAGACAUUUCUUGCAUGGUGUAGAACAGAAAAACGUUGAGGACAAUACUGGAUGAGAGAUAACUUAACGAAGGCAAACUCUCCUGCCCCAGAAGUAAAAAGACAUGAGAUGUGAGGAAUUUCUGCCCAAACCGUUUUCAGAUAAAUAGGAUUUGUGUCCAUUCCCAUCAGAUUCUGCCCUUUUACUUUACUCUCAGGUGUUCCUUUGACUUUGCAAAUAAUAUGAGAAGAAUGAACACUGCUAUCUCAUAAAACAUGGUGAUGGGGUGAAACCAAGUCUGGCUUUUCUUUAACUUCUGGGGGAAAUGGUUGAUAUAGGCAGCAGGCACAAAAUUGAAAAAUGGAAGUGAGAAAAGGGUAAAUAAAAAUUGAGUGAAAACCUGCUUUUGCAGUUGCUUUUUAAAAACUGCAUGGAAAACUAAAAAAAAAUCUGAAUGGAGACCUUCAGCUUUGGGAUUUCUCUCUUGAGGCAGUGGGGGGAAAUCUUGAUAUUACUAGGUAAAUUCUUUUUGUAUUCUCUUGAAUUAGAUUUAUUAGAUUUAUUUAGUUCAAUCAGUGAACUUUGUUAGCCCUAGUAGAGAGAGUUUUCUUUAGGUUUCAUAAAAACUGAAAAAUUCUUCUGUUGUCUUUGUAUAUUUUAUAGAGGUUGCAUGGAUGAUAACUUAAAACAGUGCAGAUAUUACAAUCUUUGUAUAUUGUUUAGAAUAAACACUUUAAACAGUCUUUGGGUGUGACAAACAUUAAAGUAUACAUUAAAUAA